AUGGAAGCAGAGGAGCAGGAAGAAAACUGUCAGUUUGAUUUGAAGAAGAUGAAGAUCACAGAGGGAGGAAAUAUGAUGCUGAUGACCUUCGAUGAGGUGGCUUUGUAUUUCUUCGAGGCAGAGUGGGGCCUCUUGGAUGAAGAGCAGAGGGAAAUCUACAAAGAUGUCAUGCAGGAAAAUUAUGAGACUCUGAUCUCCCUGGGAUUUCCGAUUCCCAAGCCUGAGAUGAUAGCCCAGGUGGAAAGAGGGGAAGAGCCAUUUGUCCCAGAUCUCCAGCACGCUGAGGAAACGGAGAUCCUGAUGGUCGACUGCACGGGAAACUAUGGGAUUCUGCAGGAAGGUCCUGAUGAAGAAAUGGAGCAGCCUAGAACAUUAUCAGGCAGCAGGUCCAAAGAGAAUAUUUCCCAGAGUCCUGAGGAGAGAGACACCUCUGAUGGUAAGCACAUCUGUGGAGAAGACAGGCUGACCACCUGCACUGAGUGUGGGAAGAGCUUCAGUCGGAGCUCAUACCUUGCUGCACAUAAGAGAACCCACACAGGGGAGAGACCCUUCCAAUGCGCUGAAUGUGGGAAAAGGUUCACCGACAGAUCAACUUGCAACCGGCACCAGAGAACCCACACCAGGGAGCGGCCCUACAGUUGCAAAGUGUGCGGGAAAAGCUUCGGCUUCAGAUCGGCGCUCAGCAAACACUUGAGAACCCAUACAGGGGACAGGCCAUGCAAAUGCAUUGAGUGUGGGAAGAGCUUCAGAGACAGCUCCGCCCUCGUCGAGCACCAGAGGACGCACAGUGGGGAGCAGCCCUACGUGUGCAGAGAGUGCGGGAAACGCUUCCAGCGGAACUCGCAUGUCACUAAACACCAGAGAAUCCACACAGGAGAAAAACCCUAUACAUGUGAAGAGUGCGGGAAAGGGUUCACAGAAAGUUCAUACCUUACUAACCAUCAGAGAAUCCACACUGGGGAGAGACCCUUCACAUGCAGGGUAUGCGAGAAGAGCUUCAAUCACAGCUCCACUCUCUUCAAACAUCAGAGGACCCACACGGGGGAGAGACCCUUCACAUGCACUGAAUGUGGGAAGGGCUUCCGUGGGAACUCAGCCCUUACUCAGCAUCUGAGAAUGCACACGGGAGAGAGACCCUACGCCUGCAGGCUUUGCAAGAAAAGCUUCAGUCGGAGCUCACAUCUCGUUGCACAUCAGAGGAUCCACAUGGGGGAGAGACCCUUCCCAUGCGCUGAGUGUGGGAAAAGGUUUGCAGAGAGUUCCAUGUUCAUGCAGCACCAGAGAACUCACACUGGGGAGCGGCCCUACGGCUGCAAAGAGUGCGGGAAGAGCUUCAGGUUCAGUUCCACACUCACCAAACACCGGAGAACUCACACAGGGAACAGGCUGUGCAAAUGCACCCAGGGCAGGAGGAGCUUGAGAGAUGCCUCCUUCCCCAUGGAGCACCAGAGAAUCUACAGCAGGGAGUGGCCCUAUGGACAUGGGAAGCACUUCCAGAGGAGUUCGGACAUCACUAAACACCAGAGAAUCCACAUGGAAGGUAGUCCCUAUAAACAUGAAGAGAGUGGGAAAGGGUUUGCAACAAGCUCAUACCUCACUAAUCACCACAGAAUCCACACCAGGGAGUUGCUCUUCACAUGUGCUGACUCUGGGAAGAAGUUCACCAGCAGAUCAAUGUUCAUGCAGCACCAGAAAACCCACACUGGGGAAAUGCCCUACAGGUGCAACGAGUGCGGGAAAGGGUUCGCUGACAGAUCACACUUUACUAACCACCAGAGAAUCCACAUAGGAGAGAGACCCUACCUGUGUGCCAACUGCGGCAAGAGCUUCAAUCACAGAUCCACUCUCCUGAAACAUCACAGAAUUCACACAGGGGAAAGACCCUUCAUAUGCACAGAGUGCGGGAAGGGCUUCAGCCAGAGCUCAACGCUUAUUCAGCAUUGCAGAAUGCACACAGGAGAGAGACCCUUCACUUGCAGAGUGUGCAAGAAAAGCUUCAGUCGGAGCUCGAACCUUGCUGCACAUCAGAAAAUCCACACUGGGGAGAGACCCCUCCAAUGCAGUGAAUGUGGGAUAGGCUUCAUGUGCAAGAAGAGCUUCAAUCGGCGCUCGCACCUUGCUGCACAUCAGAGAAUCCACACGGGGGAGAGACCCUUCACAUGCGCUGAGUGUGGGAAAAGGUUCACUGACAGAUCAACAUUCAAUCAGCACCGGAGAAUCCAUACCGGAGAGAAGCCCUACAGCUGUGAAGAGUGUGGGAAAAGCUUCAGAUUCAGCUCAACACUCACCAAAUACCUGAGAACCCACAUAAGGGACAGGACGUACAAACACAAUGUGGGGUGGGACAAGUUUUAUCCUUAA